GGGCUGUAAGCAUGAGGAGGUCCAGGACUUCGUCUUCGGGGAGCUCCCUACCCCCGCUGGAUGAGGAUGUGACCCCCAUGGAGGAGGACCAGGACGAGCUGCUGGGGUCGCAGUCCCGCCGCUGGCUGGCGGAUCUGCUCAGCGGGGAGCUGGCGCCGCCGGGCGGGGACGGCAGCAGCAGCGCCGUGGGCCGUGAUGGGCUGUUCGUGGACUACCAGUUCCCCGUGGGGGAGCUGGAGAUGCAGUCCGGACUGAGGUGGAAGCGGCCGAAGGAGCUUUGCUCCUCGCCUCAGUUCAUCAUCGAUGGAGCAUCACGGCUGGACAUCGUUCAGGGAAAACUCAGUGACUGCUGGCUGCUGUCCGCUAUAGCGUCCCUGGCGAUGCAUCGAUCUCUGCUGAAGAAGGUCGUUCCUCUCCAUCAGAGCUUUGACGAGGGCUACAACGGCAGCUUCGCCUUCAGGUUCUGGCAGUACGGUCAGUGGGAGGAGGUGAGGAUCGAUGACCUGCUGCCCACGGAGAACGACAAGCUGAUCUACCUGAGCUCGCCGGAGAGGCGCGAGUUCUGGAGCUCGCUGCUGGAGAAGGCCUACGCCAAGUUGAAAGGAGGCUACCGAGCUCUGGACAUGGGCUUCCCUCACGAGGCCAUGGUGGACAUGACGGGCGGCGUGACGGAGGUUUUCAGCAUCGCCUCCUUACCCAGAAACCUGCUGGAGUUUCUUGACCACCUGCUGGCUAAAGGAGCCCUCAUCAACUGUGCCAACUCCAAUGGUGUGAUGGAAACCAUGAACGGCCUGGGGAUUCUGUUCAGACACGCCUACGCUCUGACGGCAGUGGAGAAGGUGAAGACCACGCAUGGACCCGUGGACCUGGUGCGGAUCCUCAAUCCCUGGGGGAGGACAGAGUGGAGGGGGCCGUGGAGCGACUUCAGCAGUCCAGAGUGGGAAACCGUGAGUUUGGAGGAGCAGAGGCGUUUGGACCGGGUCAGCCGGGAGGACGGCGAGUUCUGGAUGUCGGUCUCAGACUUCCGUCAGAACUUUGAGGUGAUGGAGGUGUGCCACCUGACCGAGUGUCUGGGCGAGCCGGACUCCAGCGUGCUGCCGUGGAGCACCGUGAUGCAUCAUGGGAGCUGGGUUCCCCGCAUCACAGCCGGAGGAGCUCCUCACCACAGUCUGUUCUGGCAGAACCCUCAGUUCCUCCUGGUUCUGUCCGAGGUGGACAGCAACUCGCACAGCGCUCAGAAGACCUGCUCCUUCGUCCUGGCUCUGAUGCAGAAACACCAGAGGCGCAGAGGCAUUUGCCUGUCCAUCGGGAUGCACGUUUACCCGGCUCGACCUCAGAACACUUACCUGUCUCCGGAGGAGCUCCGCAUGCUCCAGCCGGUCCUGCACAGCCAGCACUCCUCCCGCCGGGAGGUGGUUCUCCGCGGCUCUCUUCCUCCUGGACGUUACAUCAUCAUCCCCUCCACGCUGGACCCCAAUCAGGAGGGAGCGUUCCUGCUGCGGGUGCUGACAGAGCGAGGAAACGCCGCCACUCCGGCUCGUAAUCCGGCUCCAGAUGUCUCCUUGUCAGUAACGGAGACGACAGUUCCUCACCAGACGGCGCUCCCGUCAAUCCAGUCCGUCAGGCAGCUGUUUAAGAAGCACAGCAACAAGAGGGGAUUCUGUAAACCGCUGCACCUCUAUAACCUUCUGAGCGAGGCCAUCCAGGGAGGAGUGUUGGCUGGAAGUGAGAAGUACCUUUCUCUGGAGCACUGCAAGAGUCUGGUGGUCCUCAUGGAUAGACAGGGAAUCGCUCAGCUCAACUGGCCGGAGUUUCAGUCUCUGUGGGACAAAAUCAGGAGGUGGACGGACAUAUUUCUGAUGUUUGACAAGAACAAAACCAAACGUCUCGAGUAUCAAGAGGUCAAACCCGCUCUGAGGGAAGCAGGCAUCAUGGUGGACGACUUGGUGAUGCAGCUGGUCGGACUGAGAUACACGGAGCCCGACAUGACCAUCAGUUUCCCUGGUUUCCUGUAUCUGGUGAUGAAGAUGGAGAGCAUGAUCCAUAAGUUUCAGUCGUACGACAUGAUGGGUAUGGGAACGGUGAACGUCAGCUACAGACAGUGGCUCCACAUCACCAUGUACAACUGACGGCGGCGGAUUCUCCAGGAUCUACUUUGUUUUAGUCUUUUUCUGACAUUUCUUCUAGUUGUGCAACAUCUGUGCUGCUAAAGGUUUGAGUGUCAGCUCCACCACCCUGUACAACGUCUGUCCGUUGUAGCCAAAGGCAUGAGAACAUGGAGCUAACAUGAAACUGGGUGUUUUUUUCUUUUUUUUGGAAUGUCAACGUAUAAUCCAACCGUAACAUCUUUAAAAA